AUGACUCAUUCAAAUUCUUCUGUGUUUAGGAACCAAGCGAACCAGAGUGCCGAGGUCACUUUCAUUCUCUUGGGCUUCUCAGAAUAUCCUCAGCUCCAGCUGCCCCUGUUCCUGGUCUUCCUGACCAUCUACACAGUCACUGUGCUGGGGAACCUGGGCAUGAUCCUGAUCAUCAAGUCUAGCUCCAGGCUCCGCACGCCCAUGUACUUCUUUCUCAGCCACUUAUCCUUUGUGGAUUUCUGUUACUCAACAGUAGUUACACCCAAGCUACUAGAAAACUUGGUUGUGGAAGACAGAACCAUCUCCUUCACAGGAUGCCUCAUGCAAUUCUUCUUUGUCUGCAUAUUUGUGGUGACAGAGACAUUCCUGUUGGCAGUGAUGGCGUAUGACCGAUUUGUGGCCAUUUGCAACCCUCUUCUCUACACAGUUGUCAUGUCCCAGAGGUUUAGUUUUGUGUUGGUGAUUGCUACAUACUCUUGGGGUAUAGCCUGUUCCCUAAUAUACACAUUACUUUUUUUGACUUUAUCCUUCUGUGGGACUAAGUUCAUAAAUAACUUUGUCUGUGAGCAUGCGGCCAUAGUUGCUGUUUCCUGCUCUGACCCUUACAUUAACCAGGAGAUCACUUUAGCCUCUGCCACAUUCAAUGAAGUAAGCAGCCUGAUGAUUAUUCUUACCUCCUAUGUUUGCAUUUUUAUCACUGUCCUGAAGAUGCCUUCAACUGGGGGGCGCAAUAAAGCCUUCUCCACCUGUGCUUCCCACCUGACUGCCAUCACCAUCUUCCAUGGGAGCAUCAUUUUCCUCUAUUGUGUUCCUAACUCCAAAAGCUCAUGGCUUAUGCUCAAGGUGGGUUCUGUGUUUUACGCAGUGGUCAUCCCCAUGCUGAACCCACUGAUCUACAGCCUCAGGAACAAAGAUGUGAAGGCCGCUGUCAGGAAGUUAAUCAAGACCAACUUAAUAUGUCAAUUAAUGAUUAAUGUAAAAUGA